CAGCAGCGCAGGUUGAACGGAGUCCCAGCGCAGGGCUGGGAUGAGCCUCAAAGUUCAGGGCGAUCGUGGUGGGGGAUGUAGCAGCGCCGCCGCUGCCGCGCACCGGCCCGGCCCGCCCCGGCUCCCGCCUCCCUCGGCGCCUCCCCUGGCCCCCCCCCGCAGUUUUUAAACUCUGAUUCCCCCCCUUCCCUUCAUCUCCACUCCCCCACCCCCCCCCCCCCCCACCCCCCCUUCCCUUUCCUCCCCUAAAUGCCAGCCAUGAUCGAGAAGGGCCCGGAGGUCUCGGGGAAACGGCGGGGUAGGAACCACAACGCCGCCGGCGCGAAUAAUAACAACAACGGCGGUAGCAAAAGUUUAUCUGCCGCCCCCAACGGCAACAGCAGCGGCAACUCCUGGGAGGAGGGUAGCUCGGGGUCCUCCAGCGAUGAGGAGCACGCUGGCGGCGGUAUGAGGGUCGGGCCGCAGUACCAGGCGGUGGUCCCUGAUUUCGACCCCGCCAAACUCGCAAGGCGAAGUCAGGAGAGAGAGAAUCUUGGCAUGCUGGUCUGGUCACCUAACCAGAAUCUGUCUGAAGCAAAAUUGGAUGAAUAUAUUGCCAUUGCUAAAGAGAAGCAUGGAUACAAUAUGGAGCAGGCCCUUGGAAUGCUAUUUUGGCACAAGCACAACAUCGAGAAGUCUUUGGCAGAUCUGCCAAACUUCACUCCAUUCCCAGAUGAGUGGACAGUGGAAGACAAGGUCUUGUUUGAGCAGGCCUUCAGUUUCCAUGGGAAAACCUUUCAUAGAAUCCAGCAGAUGCUUCCUGACAAAUCAAUAGCCAGCCUGGUGAAAUUUUACUACUCCUGGAAGAAGACAAGGACUAAAACUAGCGUGAUGGACCGUCAUGCUCGUAAACAAAAAAGGGAACGUGAGGAAAGUGAGGAUGAAAUGGAGGAAGCAAAUGGAAAUAACCCUAUUGAUAUUGAAGUUGAACAAAACAAGGAGAGCAAAAAGGAGGUGCCACCCGCUGAAACUGUUCCUCAGGUGAAGAAGGAGAAGCACAGUACGCAGGCCAAGAACAGAGCGAAGAGGAAACCUCCCAAAGGAAUGUUCCUUUCCCAAGAAGACGUGGAGGCUGUUUCUGCCAACGCAACAGCUGCUACCACUGUACUCAGACAACUGGACAUGGAAUUAGUCUCAAUCAAACGACAGAUUCAGAAUAUCAAACAGACAAACAGUGCGCUCAAAGAAAAACUUGAAGGUGGUAUAGAACAAUACAGACUUCCAGAGGCCGUUCAGAAAUUUAAUGCACGUUGGACCACAGAUGAGCAGCUUCUUGCUGUGCAAGCAAUCAGGAAAUAUGGCCGAGACUUUCAGGCAAUCUCUGAUGUGAUCGGAAACAAAUCUGUGGUGCAAGUGAAAAACUUUUUUGUAAAUUAUCGACGUCGUUUCAACAUAGAUGAAGUUCUACAGGAAUGGGAGGCAGAGCAUGGCAAAGAGGAGACAAAUGGAACCAAUAGCCAGAAACCUGUAAAAUCCCCUGAUAAUUCCACUAAAAUGUCCGAAGAGGAAGAUGAGAUUCCAGUACUGAUUUUGGGAACUGGGAAUUCCAGACAUACAUGAAAGUGGAAAGAGAACAGUUAAUUUGCAACCCUCUGACAGUAUCUGUAUGUCAUCAGCACAUGGACAUUUUAAUGCCUCUUGCUGCCGAAACACCCUUAUCUCACUUGGAUGGUUUCCCUGCACUCAGUUCUCCAAGCUGUUCUAGGUUUGGCUUUGUGGGACCGUACAGUCUUCUGAGGCAAAGCUCGCUCUUUCCUUUUUGACGAAGGAGCGGCUUCACUCAGGGGAAGGGAAGACAGCUAUAAACAAGGCGAAUGUGUGAAACUGUUCACUCUGGAAUUUCCUAUAGACAAAGUUUCCUUGAUUUUACAGCAGUUUCUGUGAAGACAGAAAUUCUAGAAACAGCCUCUCCUUGAUGGAGCUUCACGGAGAUAACACUUCUCCAAAGACAAUGUGUGUUUAAACUUAACUAAGAGACUGUAGAAUGUUUAAAUAUCAAAGUUAGUUGCAAAAAUGUAAUAUUAAUGCAAUCUUGCAAAAGAAAACACCACUAGAGGUUUGCAUGUUAAAAAUGUCUGAUCUAGGGCUCCCUUUGGCCUAAUUUUAUAAGACGGCUUGGCACAACAGCCCUAUCUUCUAAAUGCAAGCACAGUCAACAGCAUAAGGCAAAUUUCAGUCUCAUGUGAACUAAAGACAUCUUGGUAUACUGUAUAUUUUUGUUGCCCUGGUUAUGGUUGCCUCACUUGUAUGUUGCCAUUCAGGCAUUCGGAGAGUAUUUUUUUUGCUUCACAAAUUCUAAUAAUGUGUUAAUCAAAGAUGCUUGUAUUUGGGGACUAGGUCUAAAAGUAUGAUAAGUGAACAAAACCAAACUCAAAAAACUUGCCUUCUCAGAAGGGUGUGAAUGAAAUGGUCCAAUUCUUCCAGAACUGAGAGGUGGAGAGAAGAAGCAAUGGUACCAGUAUGUAGCCACCCAUUUGGAAGACAAAUGGCUUGUCACUGCCUUUUCCUGUGACCAGCAGAGUGGCAUCUGUUAGCAGUGCAGAGCUUUUCUCUGAGCCCUCUGAGAUUUUUCCUGGCUUCAAAUGCACCUUUGCUCCUGAAAGUUGCAGUCAAAAAAGGAGAGUCUCACUCGAGACAAGAAGAAAAUGUGUUGGGUUGUAGCAGGAACUGGAGUGUGCCCCUGUGUCCAAGUGUGUGCAUACUGAAGCAGUGAGGAUCCCAGGCAAGUUAGCAGGGGCAGAAGGAGAGUGGAGGCAUGACAGCAAGGUUUGGUGAAAUGGCUGGUAGAGCAGCAGUCGUGAUCCCCAAACUAGAGAUGGAAAGUGCCCAGGCUGGAGCUGAGCAAGUGCUGAGUGGUGGAAAGGGCACCAAAAUACUAGGCUGGUGGGACUAGUUGCAAAGCCUAGAGAAAAGGCAGCUAUCAAGAGAGUUGAGCAGUUCACUGUGCCCUGCAGUACUGUAAGGGGUGAGGGCAGAGCCUGCCUGCACCAGGCUGACACAGGCAGGAGCCAGGCAGGAUGGCAGGGAGCUGCCAGCCGUGACAUCCCAUGCAUGCCUUACACCAGCACGAUGUGGCUGGUGGUUCUUGAUGCAGCCUGUUCUGGCUGGUGGGAACUGAUGUGUCACAGCUGGGAGGAGGAAGGUGCUAGCAGCAUGGAGUGGAUUGUAACUACCAAGCCUGCAGCUUUCUAUAAAAAUGCACCAGGAAGGGACGCAGGGGUGUUGCAGCGUGGACAUCUAAUGACCACCAUGUGCUGUGAGCACAUCAGACAUUGCCUCUCAGGCUGGCUGUAAAUGCAGUGCUCCUGCCUUCAGAGGUAACAUAAGCACAGUGCUGACUGGGUGUCUGUCUGAGCAGGUCUGGGGGCGAAGUGAAAUGUCAUUGGGAUUAUCGCAUAAGUGAUACAUAUGGGUUCGGAGGGGGGUUCCUGGUCUCUCCUGAGCUGCACAGUACGAUGCAGCUGGUGCCUGCUCUUGAGAGUACUUGCACAGGCUGAUCAGAUCAGGUGGGCUCAGUCAGCAGUAGCCAGGAGAAGACUUUGCCGGCCUGACCGUGAGGCCACUUAGGUGCUUUCUCCCCUGGCACGCCUUGUCUGUGGUGGCUGCCAGACUGGUAAAAGCUUUGUCAGCCCUCUGACUGCUCUGGGCUUUCCCCUUCAGUGUGUUUUCAUAGCAAGUGGCCACAGUUCCUUUUUUUUAUUUUUUUUUUUUUUUCUCUUUUUCAUUUGUUUGUCACUUUUUUUCUUUUUGAGAGGGGGAGGUGAGACUGUUGAUCAUAAAGCAACCUCAACUCCAGUCUUAAUUCUUGUAUGUUUACACUCCCAACAAAUCUCAGAAUAGAGGAGGCUGCUGUGAUUCCUCCCAUGUGUGAGAGUUGUCCGUCUUGUCGCUUUCAGUACCACAGAUCUGGGGUGAAGUUUGGAGAUGCAAGAAAGCCUAUGUGUAUUCAUUUUUAAACUAAACGUCUCCUUUUUUUCCCCCUCCCCCUUCCCUCCAGGCUACUUCUGUUCUUGAUGUCAGAUAUGCAUCUGCUUCGUGAGAAGGUGCUGUAGCCUAGAACAAUUUGUGUUGACUACUGUGUUAUCCAGGAUAUCAGGUAUUAGCAAACCUCAGACAGCCAUCUGCAUCAUAUCUGUGGACAAGCAGCUAUUACCAAAAAAAGGCAAACGCUUCCAGUCCUGUGCUACAUCUGCCUUAAUCUCCCCAUAUUCCUCCAUACUGCCUCCACUUUCUUUCAAAAGCACCCAGGUAGCUCAGCUUUUCAUUUCAUCAGCAUCCUGCUUGAGCAUGGGGAUUUCUAGAACCAGUAACACCUGUCUGUAAAUUUUGACCAACCUGCAAAACAAGGAGCUCCUUAGCAGCCCCCCAGUAACUCUACACGUUAGGAGUUCUUAUAAUACUUGGUCUGUAGGGUAUAAGUACGUAUUGCUGCAUGGCCUUGUGGUCUCCGCUUCCUGUGUAUUCUUACGAUGACACUAUUAUUAGCGAGCUUUCUAUAAAGGAGAGGCCUGUGCACAUACCAGUGGUGUCAGGUUUGUUCUGAAAUGACAGGGCAUGUUAACAAGCAAUCUUGAAUAAUGCAAAGUGAUAGGAAAUGUUAUUUCUAAGGUUUGGUCAGUCCAAGGUUGUAGACCUAACUCAUUACACUUCUGGUUUGUGCAAUUCUUUCCACUGUAUUUGUGUGUUCUUGCUUCAUAGAAAGCUCCCUAAAUGAGCAUUUUAUUCCUGUAUAUUUUAAUGGCUUUUAUUUAGUGCAAAAGGGAAUAACGUAACCUGAAACUGUUUGAUACGCUAUUUAACCCCUGGCAUUCAGCAUUUGCAUUGUAACUUGUUAAAUGAGUGCUACACAACUUUCUUUUUCCUGAUCCUCUGUGGGAUUAAGUCAAAACAACUUUCUCUGGUGCCUCUCCUUUUGGAAUAUGUGCCUUUUUACAUUUGGCUAUCAUAGGUCACUUUCUGUCCCAGUGUCUCAUUCCUCUUCAGAGCGCUGUUUGCCAAAGACAUCCAACUACUUCUCCCACUGGAAGUCUGGAUGAGGGUUGGAGCACAAAAUUCAACCUUCAGGUAGUUUUUGGUCUCUCGGAAGCUUAAUGGAGAAGAACCGGGUUAAUUUCAUUGGCCAUUUUAACCCUUCUGAAGCACACAUCGCUUUCAUGUUCUGAACCAAAAUAUGCAAUUUGAAAUCUAAGAGGUGCUUUUCCAAAUACUUGGUGCAUGCAGCUUUCAAAUCCCCAGCCCUCUGCUCAGAUGACCUGUGCUGUGGCCUAUCUAGCUGGCUUGAACUGGAGCUGUUCUUGAAAGUCCUGUGUGUGGACUUCACACCUUGAACAAGGCAGUUGCUGACUGCCGAGCAGACAGUGUUCAGAGAAGCUAGAAGCAGCAGUAUUAUUUGUUGCCCAGUGGAAAGCUGCAACAUAACACUAGUCACAAAGCAUUUAAAAAUGGUUAAUUCAGUGAUGUUGGAAGAAACCACCAGGUGUCUUCGCAAGUGCAAAAAAGGACCUUCUUUGCCUCUCUCUUCCUCUACAGAGGGUUCAAGCCGAGAUGGCACACGGAAACGUUUGGCACCAGCCUCUCUUAACACAACCUGAAAUGAGCUAGUCCGUCUCCUGGCCUGCAGCUGAGGUGCUGCGGCUUGGAGCCUAGCCCCAAACUUGGUGCUGAUGUUUGAGCUGCUGGGCUGUGCCGUGUCGUGUGCUGUAGUGGCUCUGCUGUUCCCUGUACCCGAGCGAGGCAGGCUAACGCCAGCUGGCUAGCAGAGCCAGCCGUGGCUGCACCUCCCGCGGCGUAGACUCAACGCGAGGAAAGGCAGGGGAGACAGCCUCAUGUACCGCUGAGGUGGUCUCCUUGGGCCUUGUGUGAGGAAAGUAAUUCAGUAUCAGAAAUCGAGCAACAGCUAAUAGGUGAAGGAGCAGACAGGCAUUUCUUAAGGCCAGCUCGAGUGUGGAACCCAAAAAGGGCCUGUUUCAGCCACUUUGCAGCUGUUUCUGAGCCGUUUCAUUCUGGUAGCUCCAGAGAGAUCCUUUGAGGCGAUGGUAGGAUGGAAAGGGGAGCGAUUCCCUCUCCCCCUGUGCUGGGAACCUGCAAUCCCAAAUUUGUGGCAGCAUCUCUACAGCUGUUGAUGGGACCUGGCAGCUGUGACGGUGGCCCUGCAGGCGUUCCUUCAGUCCUGUGACAGUUGAAGUUGGGAGUCUCUUGUGGGAAAGGACACUAGUUGUUAGCCAGUGUGUAUUAGGAUUAAAGACCGGGCAAAUAGCACUGUGAAUUCAGCUGACAGUUGUGGUGUAAAGCAAUGCCGCUCAUUAGAAAUACUCUAGUAUUAAACCUCCUGCUGGUACCAAUGCAGGGAGACAGGUCCUCGCCCCUGUGAGGGUUGUGUGAGCUUGCAUCCCAGCUGGUGAAACUCAUCAGGAGAGGCUUCUGCUGGUGAGUGAAGUUACCUGCGAGGACUUUUCAUCGGUUUUUGCCCUCAAAUCUGUCCAUUUUAUGAUCAGAAAAGUUGUGUUUUGGCUUCAUCCCCAAGGGGUAGGGGGAAACGUAUAUAAUUCAUGACAUUAGGAAGAAAAAAGUUGUUUAAUUACUUUUCAGUUGACUGCUAUCUUAUUGUAGUUGAUACAUACAAUAUAAUAGCACUGUAUUUUAAACGUUUAGUUUUUUACAUUCUCUUUAACUACGUUUUUAAAUGCGAUAAAAUCAUUUUAGCUUUAGAAAGUUUAAAUGGUUUGGUCUUGUUUAGGUGAAGACCCUCUCUUUCUUUUUUAAAUGGGUCAAGCAUUAGAUACAUCAACUGGUUGCAUUCUGAUUAGAAGGGUCCACAAAGAUAACUGCAUAAGAUAGAAUAUUCACUUAAAUUUUGUUUCUUAAACUAUCAAUGUGAAUGUCAUAAUUAUAUAUAUUUUGUGGAAAAUGGGAAAUUAUUUCUCCUAAGUAUAAGUUAUUGUGCAAAAUAUGGUAUCGUUAAAGAAAAUGAUAGUUUAAGUUUUAGUUUUAGAAAUCUUAAAGAUAUAAAAGUGUAUUGCAUAUGCAUAAACAAAUUUCAUUUGUUCUAUUUAAUUUUUAUGUAGUUGUGUAAAGUGCUAGGUAACUUCUUUUUUUGCUUAUCCAUUAAAACAACCUUGUUACUUGAAUAUUCGUGUUUAACUGGUUUGAAACAAUGAUCAAUUUUUGUAGUAUAAUCUUUUAACCAAGGGAAAAAAAAAAAAUACAUGCCUCAGUUGUGCUUAACAAUAUAGCAACAAUGUACAAUCAGAUGCUUAAGACCAUAGUAGCCAUAACUGGUAGUGCAACCACAGUGGUUGUGUCUUGAUAUAUUUAAUACCAAUGGGGAUAAUGAAUUCUUAAUAUAUUUUUACAAGUUUGCAACCAGGAAGACCCCAUGAAUAUCCACUAGAACACUUUUUUAAUAGUUAAUAUAAGAGUGAAACUCUUAUUCUCCUAAGGCAAUGUCCUGACAAACAUUUUUCUUUCCUGUACAAAUACAUCUGAAACAUUAUGUAUUGAAAUAUGCUCAUUGUCACUUUAAAUUUCAGUUUUUAUUCUCUAAAUUGCUAAUAUGCUGUUGGUAUUCUUGCACACCAAAUAUGAGCCAAACAGUGCAUUACACUAACUUGAUCGCUGGAUUUGCAAACAUAAAUCUCCAAGUCAAUGAAACGCAAAAAUAUUUUAGGAAAUUUUUCUGAUAAUGCAUUUUUUCAAAUCUGUAUGAAAUUAUACGUAGCCCACUCAGUGAUAAGUGGCCUGAUACUUAGUCUUUACAAAAAAAAAAAGGAAAAAUAUUUUUAUUAGCUCCAGCUUGUCUUCAGCAAGUCAAAAUCUAGUGAUCUUGUGCAAUGCCCCUAAAGCAAAUACUUUCUGCCACUCCCUGGAUUAAUGCAGCUUUUCCUGUUGAUAGUAAAGCACAAUUGCAGUGAAAGUUACAGUUCAGAAGAUGGAAGGUCAGUAUAGUCUAUGCAUGUUGUAUAAUAAUGAGUGUUUACAUUCAUAUUCUCCUAAAAUAAAAUUUAUACUGGAGUGUAUAGUAUUCCAUUAUGUAGAUUUUAUCAAUUUUGUUAACUGCUUAUAGAUUGCUUAAAAGAAGUUUUUUCAAGAUUUUAAAAGAUGUAUAAGGUUAAGUUUGCAAAUAUAAUGGAAAUGCUGUAUAGCUUUUGAAGUGAUAAAAUACUCGUUGGGAUUUUAAAGAAAGUAUGUUGUAAUAAUGCUGUUGUAAGUAAUAUUUUAAAUGUCUUUUUUGCCUGUUUUCUAUUAUUCAGCACACUUACUGUGAUGAAUGUUCAUAG